AAGGUUCAUGGUCAAAUAGAAUCCAACAUGGCUGCUCACAUGUCCAGAUUGAGGGGCUGGAGCCGAGCGCAGAGGUAUGGCAUCGCAGUAUGUAGACCUUACAGCAGUGGCAGUGCGUAUCCCAAUGUGUCCCUGUCCACACCGCUGCCCGGGAUUCCCAAACCUCUCUUUGCUUCUGUGGACGGCCAUGAGAAACACGAGACUAAAAUCACCACCUUAGAAAACGGACUCAAAGUUGCAUCGCAGAACAAAUUUGGUCAAUUCUGUACGGUUGGAAUUUUAGUAAAUUCAGGCUCGCGUCAUGAAGCAAAAUAUCCCAGUGGAAUUGCACACUUUUUGGAAAAGCUUUCCUUUUCUUCUACAGCCCAGUUUGGAAGUAAAGAUGAAAUUCUCCUAACACUUGAGAAACAUGGAGGCAUAUGUGACUGCCAAACAUCCAGAGACACAACGAUGUAUGCUGUUUCAGCUGAAGUGAAGGGUCUAGAAACUGUGGUGAACCUUCUGUCAGAUGCAGUUCUACAGCCUCGUUUACUUGAUGAGGAGAUUGAGAUGACCAGAAUGGCUGUUCGGUUUGAGUUGGAGGAUCUGAACAUGAGACCUGACCCGGAGCCUUUACUAACUGAAAUGAUUCAUGCAGCAGCAUACAGGGGCAACACCGUGGGCCUGCCUCGCUUCUGCCCUGCCAACAAUGUUGAGAAGAUCGACAAGAGGCUGCUUCAUAAGUACCUGCAGAGCUAUUACUGCCCGGAGCGCAUGGUGCUGGCCGGGGUUGGGAUUGAACAUGAGCAGCUUGUUCAGUGUGCCAGGAAGUAUCUCCUAAAUGUUAAACCUGUAUGGGGCGUGAGCACACCUGCCAACGUCGACCUGUCUGUAGCACAAUACACGGGCGGCAUUGUUAAGAUGGAGAAGGACAUGUCCGAUGUGAGUUUGGGUCCGACACCCAUUCCUGAACUAACGCACAUCAUGAUUGGGCUGGAGAGCUGCUCCUUUUUGGAGGAUGACUUCAUCCCCUUUGCAGUCCUCAAUAUGAUGAUGGGAGGCGGAGGGUCCUUCUCUGCCGGAGGGCCAGGAAAAGGCAUGUUCACCCGUCUCUACCUUAAUGUGCUCAACAGGCAUCACUGGAUGUACAAUGCUACUUCGUACCACCACAGCUAUGAAGAUAGUGGUGUUCUGUGUAUCCAUGCAAGUGCAGACCCUAGACAGGUGCGAGAAAUGGUGGAGAUCAUUACAAGGGAGUUUAUUCAGAUGACUGGGACAGCAGGAGACAUGGAGCUAGAGAGAGCCAAGACACAACUGAAAUCCAUGCUCAUGAUGAACCUGGAGUCUCGACCCGUCGUCUUUGAAGACGUGGGUCGACAAGUACUCGCGACAGGCAAGAGGAAGCUGCCGCAUGAGCUGUGCGAGCUCAUCAGUAAUGUUACGGCCAGUGACAUCAAGAGAGUCACAGCGAAAAUGCUGCGUAGUAAGCCUGCGGUAGCUGCGCUGGGAGAUCUGACAGAGCUGCCCUCGUACGAGGACAUUCAAGCCGCUCUCUCGAGUAAAGAUGGACGUCUGCCUCGCAUAUACCGCCUGUUCCGAUAGGGGACCGACGGCUGACACCAUCUAGAGACAAAUAGGAGCACUGACC